AUGGUUCGUUUAAACAUGAAAGACGAAAUAGAAAGAAAAACUCCACCGAUAAACAAUGGCUGUUUAAACGGGGACAAGAAGAAAACCCAUUACAGGAUUGGAGACCAAGCCGCUCGCUCAGAAAUGAGGUCAUUGCAGUUUUCGCUUCAUGGGCGCAAUCCGAACACAGAAAUUGCGAGCAGCAUCCAGUUGGCCCGACGAAUCCGAGGGGUACAAACAUGAAACAAUAGACUCAAGAAUGAUCCAGGACUUAUGGAUUGGAUUACACUCAAGCAGUAGAUAAUGUGAGCCGGAUGAUUUAAAGACCGAUUUUUUCCCCGAGGAAGAGAUUUGCUGGCGAAAAGUUUAUCGAUUGUGAGAUUGCUAACUGUUACAUCUACGCCGAUCUUAUUGACUUGCUGAUUCAAGUUUGAAGUUUAUGUUAUAAGACAAAAUCCCAGAACACUGAACAAAUAGCUUGACAUUUCGCUCAAGAGUUUCACAUACCAUAUGGAAAGAGUUGAACUCAAAACGCAAGCACCAUGUAUCGCGCUUUUUCACGACUUUUCAUUGUUUGGGCAAUUUUCAAAGUCUUUGUUUCAAACCUAAUGUGACGCUAAUCAAUCAGAAAGCUUUCUUUGCAUUUCAUUUUCCUGUUUUAAGAUGUCUUGUUCGAGAUAAUGUUGAAUAAAAUUUCUUUCAUACACACACUGAGUUGAUCCUUUUGUUGUUGAGAAAGAUAAAAUUAUAUUCUGGGAAUAAAUAUUUUACACUAAGCACCAUGGCCAGAUACUUGAGGAUAGGUUUCAUACAUUCUUAGCAACAAUUGUUAAGUAUCGCAUUCCCGUAGGCAACAACAUUUCAAUGUCUGUUGCUAAAAUAAAACCACUCCAAGACAGCGGCAGUUUUUUAGGGGUAAAAAAAUAAAACUAUUCAAUACAGAACACCAACAAAUCUGCCUAGAAGUCAGGCGUAAACUGUUUAUAAAGAAGCUAUUUUGUUUGUUUUUAAUUCUAAAGGGAAUUUUAACAAGGUCUUCUUCCUGACUAUUACAAACGAAACAGUCUAACUCUACAUCGAGCAGUUUUAAAAAAUUGUAUUUUUACUAUCUAAGCAAAUAUUACAAGUGAAAUUAAGGGCGAAGCUCCAUGCAAAAGCAAGCAACCUUGACUGAUUUCAAUGGCCCUAGGUGUCCUAGCAACGAAACGAAGAAAAAUUCUUUUAAAAUCGGCGCGAACAACGCUUUUGAAAAUGAGCGAACGAUUCUCUGUAAAGUGACAGGCGCGGAAAGAACCAGGCUCUGGCGCGGGUAAACAAACAUUAAAGACAAUCGAUCCAUUUACCGGCGGGAAAAUCAACAGUGUCCGCCAAGCGCGGGUGAUACGCAUGACACAAGCCGCGGUUGCUUGUAGCUGGUGCAUCCAAAUGAUGAAGAAAAUAAACAAACUCACUACGUCUGUAGUAACAUGGUGUCAAGAACUUAAUUAAAAUUUAUUUUGCCACCCUUAAUAAAUGACAUAUCUUGACUAAUUUUGUAUUUUACAUUUAGCGAUUGCAAUCUCCUUGUUCCACAAUCGACGGAAUCAGUGCAUGGUUGUCAGAAAAACCAGUCACACAAUCGCACGAUCCUUGGCGAGGAUAUCAUAAACUGUACGCUUUCUCU